UAUCGCUGAACAACAGAAGAUGACGAAAGCAGAAAUGGAACAAAAGAUAUCGAGAAUCUUGAAACUAAUGAAGAACAAAGAUCAUGGAAAAAAUAGAGGAAUGUCAAGGGAUUCGAAGAAAGAAACCGAAGUUAUUGGACUCGUUGAAGAUCUAUACAAAAAUUAUCAGUCGAUUUAUGAACAGUACGGUCAUCUUCGAGAUGAAGCCGAAAGAAUCGUUAAAUCCAGAAAAGGAAAAGAGAAGGACGACGAACAUGUCUCUUCUUCAUCUUCAAGCUCUAGUUCUGAUUCCGAGUUGGAAUACUUUUCGUCGGAGGAGAUAAGCAAUAGUUGUGUUCAUUCUUUACGGGAUGAACAGUCGAGCAUAUUGCAUGCUCAAAUCCAAGCUGAUGAACUAGAAAAACAAAUUGAACAAAAGAAUGAAGCGUUGGCUAAAGUUGAUUCUCUGCAUUGGGAACUAGAUAGCGUACUAAACCAGAAACGCGAAAUGGAAAACAGACAAAAUCAAGAGAUAUGCGAGAAUAUGAUUUUGAUAGGAAAUUUGAAAGAAGAAUUGACGGAAAAAAUUGGAGUUGUACAGAAGACACUGGAUGAGAAAGAGAGAGUUCUUGCACGGAUUAAGGAUAUGGAAACAGAAAUAGACACAAUGCAUUACCGGAGAAGGGAAAUAGAAGAACAGAACAUUCGGAUUAGAUCGGAAAAUCAGUGGCUCAGCACAAGGAAUUCCGAGCUGGAGUUGGCAUUGACAAGUAAAGAGACGGAAGCUUCUUCUCAGACGAUCGCCUUAAUGGAGCAAGUCAAGAAUCUGAAGCAAAAAAUGGAUGCAUCUCAAGCUGAGAGAAUAAAAUUAGGGCAAGAUAUGGAGCAAUGUAAACAAGAAUUUUCUCACAAAUUAUCUGAAAUGGAGGCUGAAAACAACAAAUUGAAAAUCAAAAUCAUCGAUCAAGAAAGCAUCCUAAAGGAAAAGGACAAAACCAUUACUGCAUUAAACGAGAAAAACAAGCAAGCGAAGAGCUGCUUUCCAGACGUGGCUUCGAGCAUGAUAGGCGCAGAGAGGAAGAUGGAAGAUUUAGCAGAAGAGCUUCGCAACAGCUUGGAAGAUAAAAUCCGUCUAUUAUCGCAGAGGAUCCUCGUCGCAGAGCAACUACACAACGAAAGCAAGGAAAACUUAAGAGCGAGAAACAAAAGAUACGAACAAGAGAAAAGACAAUUCGAACAAAAAAUCGGAAAUCACGAAGCGGAAUUGAUGAAACUCGGCAACAUGAACGAAUUCGAAAUGGAUAGAAUGACCAGAAAAAUCGAAGAAGAGAGCACCAAGCUUCUAAACCACAUAUUAAAAAUCACAAAGGAGCUCACCUUCGCAAAAUACUGGGUUAGAACGAGAAACAACGAGCUAAAACAACUGAAAACAAAUUUAACUCGAUUCGUAGCACAAAUGGAAGAAAAAGAAGAACAGGAGUUCAUGCUAAGAGAAAAGGUAUGGAACCUAGAAGCGAAAUUAAGUAAAGAAGGAGGGGAGAAACUGAACCUGAUCAGAAGCCUUAGCCAACUGGAGAAGAAAAUGACGAAAAUGGUGAACCUAGUAAAGGAGAAAGAUGAAGAAGUGUUCCGACUUGCAGAAGAGAAGAGAGAAGUGAUUCGACAGCUCUGUGCCGUGAUUGAUCACCAUCGUAGCCGGUACGAUCUUCUCAAAGACGCCAUGAUCGGGAAGAAUGUCAGAAACAUAAAAAUGAUUUGA